GGAGAGGAGCGCGCUGACGUUGCUAUUUAAAGGUCCUCCUGCGGGGAGGAUGGAGACACAGCGCGAGCACCUGGUGUGGGGCGCGGAGGAGGCUGUGGCGGCCGGGAGCCGGGCCAGGAGACAGCGGAGGAGCAGAGCGCACGGUCCGCCCGCCGCCGGCCACUAGGGGUGGGGGGAAGGAAGGAAGGAAGGACGGACUGACGGACCUGCCGGCUGGACUAGCUCCCCACGAGGGCCGACUCGGCCCCUGAUCACCAGUCUUCCCGCCGCCCUCGCAGCUGCUGCUUUCUCUCCCAUCGCCCGCAGGGCCCCAGCGGGCCCUCGGGACGGGUCAGCGACUCAGCCCCCUGCGCCGACUCCCUGCUCCGCGGCAGCGGCCGCCUCCCGCCCCCUCCCACGAGCGGGAGGAGGGACCGCUCUUGCCCGCGGUUCUCCCCGCCUCCUCCCCCGCCCUCCGCAGCCCGCUUUGCCGCCGCGCUCGGCUCACGCGGGUGGCGCUGACCCGGGAAGCGGCGCCCUCCGCUCCGCGAGCUGCCGGUGGAGGCGGAGGCAGCGGCGGGCUUCAGGCCGCCGGGGCCGGCGCUGCUCUGCGGAGCGAGAGCUGGAGGCCGGCGGAGGUGGGCGGGUGAGGGAAGUGUGAGGAGGCGGCGGCGGGCCCGGGGACUGUGAGGCGGCGCGUGGCGGCGGCGCGGAGCGCGAGAGCCGAGGAGCUCGGGUGGGGGCGCUGGAGCAGCGGCUCUCCCGCGGCUUCGAGCCCCGCUCCCCGGCCCCUGACGCGGGAUUAGCCGCCCGCCGCGACUUCAGCUCAGUCCAUCGCCGCCGCUCGGCCCGCCCUGGCGCUGGGAGCGGGUGCCGGGGACAGCGUGGGGCUUGGCUCUCUGAUUCAUUCAUUCUCCGUCGCCGGCAGCCUCAGACCUGCGGUGCUCCGAAGAGAGGAGGAAAGAGGAGCAGACGCGAAUGAAGGGCCGGGCGCCAGCCGGGCUCCAUUGUGCUCGGCGGCGCGGGGCGGGAAGGGGCUGAGGGAGGUGGGAUCGGGCCCCCUCCCCUGCUCCCCAGCGUGCGCUGCGCCCCCAGCCUGCUGCCAGCCUGGAAAUGGCUCCGUUUAUUCUCGGGAGAAUGAAUCGAUCCUGCCCAGCCUUCUCUUCUUCCUCCCCACCUCCUCUCUGCUCUGAGUCUUAGGAGGGGCAACAUUUAAAAGACAGACUCCAAUGUGGAGUGCCGUGCACAUCGGGAGCUGUUGGGUUUGCACUUCGAGGAGAUUUUCCUAUAUAGCUUUUUCUAACGUGAGCGCAGGGAAGCAGUGGCAUUACUGCUUUUAGGAUUUUUAUUUUCUCGUAGGGAUCUCGAUAAAGUGCACGUCGCAUUGGGUUACACGCUCCACCCCCAAGGGAACUGGUGUGGUGGAGAAAUUUGAACCCGCAGCCUUAGUAGCACCAAAAGGCCGAGUUACCUGGCUUUCCCAGAGUGUCGAGGAGGACAUGAGCGAAAUGACCACCGAACUCGUUUUUUAUAGGACUCGGUGAAGCUGGAUUCUGCGUUUUCCGACAGACACGUAGACUCAUUUCGUGGAAUAGAGUUGACCGCUGUCUCCUCCGCGCAGCAUUUUAACUCUCAUUUAAAGCAAAUGCCGCCUCUGUUUGCACGUUUUGGUAUCUACGAGAGAAAUCAUUUUACCUAAGGGAACUAACUGAAUUGUCAGCACCACUGAAAUACCUCCAGAAAAGGAUCUCGGGGGGGGGGGGGUGGACAAGCAACUACGAAAUAACAGACGGAGAAAUUCCUUUGGAAGUUAUUCUGUAGCAGAAGAGCAGAAACUUCAGAGCAAGUUUUCACUGGGCAAAAUGGGGGAACAACCCAUCUUCAGCACUCGAGCUCAUGUCUUCCAGAUUGACCCAAACACAAAGAAGAACUGGGUACCCACCAGCAAGCACGCAGUUACUGUGUCUUAUUUCUAUGACAGCACAAGAAAUGUGUACAGGAUAAUCAGUUUAGAUGGCUCAAAGGCAAUAAUUAAUAGCACCAUCACCCCAAACAUGACAUUUACUAAAACAUCUCAGAAGUUUGGCCAGUGGGCCGAUAGCCGGGCAAACACUGUUUAUGGACUGGGAUUCUCCUCUGAGCACCAUCUUUCAAAAUUCGCAGAAAAGUUUCAGGAAUUUAAAGAAGCUGCUCGACUAGCAAAGGAGAAAUCACAGGAAAAGAUGGAACUUACCAGUACACCUUCACAGGAAUCAGCAGGCGGGGAUCUUCAGUCUCCUUUAACACCAGAAAGUAUCAAUGGAACAGAUGAUGAAAGAACACCUGAUGUGACACAGAACUCAGAGCCAAGGGCUGAACCAACUCAGAAUGCAUUGCCAUUUUCACAUAGUUCAGCAAUCAGCAAACACUGGGAGGCUGAACUGGCUACCCUCAAAGGAAAUAAUGCCAAACUCACUGCGGCCCUGUUGGAGUCCACUGCCAAUGUGAAACAAUGGAAACAGCAGCUUGCUGCCUAUCAGGAGGAAGCAGAACGUCUGCACAAGCGGGUGACCGAGCUUGAAUGUGUUAGUAGCCAAGCCAAUGCAGUGCACACCCACAAGACAGAAUUAAACCAGACAAUACAGGAACUAGAAGAGACGCUGAAAGUGAAGGAAGAGGAAAUAGAAAGACUAAAACAAGAAAUUGAUAAUGCCAGAGAACUACAAGAACAGAGGGACUCUUUGACUCAGAAACUACAGGAAGUAGAGAUUCGGAACAAAGACCUGGAGGGACAGCUGUCUGACUUAGAACAACGUCUGGAGAAAAGUCAAAAUGAACAAGAAGCUUUUCGCAAUAACCUGAAGACACUCUUAGAAAUUCUUGAUGGAAAAAUAUUUGAACUAACAGAAUUGCGAGAUAACUUGGCCAAACUACUAGAAUGCAGCUAAGGAAAGUUACAUUUCAGUGCCAAUUGAUUAAAAAAUACACUGUCUCUCUUCAUAGGACUGUUUGGGCUCUGCAACAAGAUCGCACAUAAAAUCUGAAUAUCACUCCUCCUCCAGGAGGAUGAUCUUUUGAAAAUUGGAAUUGUAUAUUUCAGUGUAAAUUUUAGAAUUCAGCUCGUAGCUAGUUGGGGAAAAAGAGAUGAAAAACUUGAACUACAAAUUACCUCCAUGUAUAUUAUUGGCCAUAGUUAACUAGAAAGUUAUAAAUAGACACUUAAUGCAAUCUUUUUUUUCUGAUAUUAGCCAAUGGGAGAAUUAACAAUGUCUGGGUCACAUCCCCUUUUUUGUGUUCAACACAGUGAAGGCUAUCUGCUUUUUAAAUUAAUUUAUUUAUGAUAUCUAAAGCUGUGUUUUGUGCAGAAACUUAGUGAUGAAAGCCCUGUCUUCUGUUGUAAUCUGAAUAAUUUCUCAGGAUAUUUUUGCACUGCUGAGAAGCAGCGCCAUUACCAAUUAAUUCUUGCCAGGAGUGAGAGAGAGCUGCAUCUUUAACUGAAACAUACUCACUAGAACUGGGUGUAUAGAGUUCUUCCCUUUUUUUAUACUGGAAGAUAUUUCACUCGGUGACCACUCUGGUACACUCUGGUGUUCUUGAAUCUUGUCUGCUGUAUAGUUUACUUUUCCAUAUUGAUUCCAUGUAUUUAUGAGAAGAAACUGUCUCCCAUUUUAUUACACAUUUUAAAGCCAACUAACGAAGGCAGCUGAGUCCCUCAGAAAUUUUUCUUUUUAAAUUUCUAAUAAAUUUGACACACAGUACUGAAAUACAGCAGCCCGUCCUCGACGGUCUGGCCUAGCAAUGUUAAGUAUAUUUACAGAAUAUGCAGUUACAUUUAUUUAUAUAUUUUGCAAGAAAUCUUUUCUGAAUGAUCAAUGCAUUUCAAUUUACAACUAAUAAUGGUUAUUGGGGAACUGUUUAUUAUAGAUCAUUUUAAGGUGUAUAGCAAUUUUAAAGGGGAUCCAUUUCCAUCAAAUAGCCGAUCAGAGGACUAUUGGGAUUGGAGCCGUGUACUGUGUCCAGGUCUUCACAUCAGCCACAUCUCUAGUCAAACCUCACAAGGCAAUAUUCUGAACUGUUAACUAGGCGUUUCAAACAGGAAUUCAAUUCAGUAGGCUCUUCUCAAUGAACAAGUUUUAAUGUUGUUUUGAUGUAAUUUUAAAAGACUUUUAGCAAACAUGCAUUUCUUUCUAUAUUUCUUUUAAGAAGCUAUUUUAAAAGCAAGCCAAGUGCUGUCUAGUCUGCUUACGGAGUUAAGGAUUGCAUCAGAGUCCAUAUAUCCUCGCUGUACAAUGCCUGUGAUGUUGAGGGAGGGUUCUUUUUUAAAGUGUAUGCUUGAGUCUUUGACUCUAUGGUAGAGUCUGCAAAUGCACUGACUUUGUUUGUACCCCAAAACGAUGGAAUUGUUAAGUACAAAAUCAAGCUAAUGAAUCAAUUUGUAACCAUUUUUUCACUCACAAAUAGCAACUCAACACUAGACAAUUUUGUUUUAUAUAUGUAUGUGUAUGUAUGUAAAUACAUACAUAUUAAUUUAUACUAGAGUGAAAAAUAAAUGGUUUCUUUCUAAAGUAAGUUUCUAAAGUGAGUUUUCAGGUGUCUCUGAAAAGUUUCUAUCAGACACUUAAUCAUCGUGUAUUCUAUGUGCUAUGACAUCAUGUAAGUUAUCUCCAUCUAUUUUAGGAUAUUUUCCUCACCUAUUUAUUAUAGGGAGGGUAAAUUUAGGUACACAAGCUCAGAGCUGAGAUAUUUCUCUGAUAAAUCAGGUAAUAAAAUUUAUUUGCGUUGAUGGAAUUUUGAAGUAGAUGUGAUUUUAUCCAUCAGUUUCUGAGUAACAAAGAGCACCAGAUUUUAAUUUAAAUAGGGGAUUUAACACUAGGGAUCAGGGAAUUUAGUUAUGAGAGUUAAAAAUUUAAAAAAAAAAAAAAACAGUGCAAGCUGUUGAAAUGGUAAGUGAAUUAUUUUAAUGAUGUAAUAAGAUAUUUUUAAAUUUUGACAUAGUCGUCAUUUAAUGGGAAAAUAACUCACCAAAAUGUCUCCCCUUGAAUUGUAUUGAUAGGUGAGACAUGUGUGUAAUUCAUUAUAUACAUAUACCCAUAUGUAUAUACAGAAAAUUAUUUUUAAUAUUUUCCUACUGAUAAGAAGUUUAAAAUUGGAAAUUUUGUGAGUUUUUCCCUCGUCCAAUAGGGCCUAAUUUUUUUCUCUUUUUUGUGAUUUCACAAUUUGAGGGCUGCACCUUUAAAUUCCCAGAGUGUCAUUAGACGUGUACAGUAUAUGGGAUAAGGUGGACACAAGUGCACAUAUAAAUAAAAUCUUAAGACUAUUUUAAAUACUCAUUUACAGUAGGAGAGUAUCUAGAAAUCAUCAUUACAAGUCAUAAUUAGGUUGUGUGUCUACUGCAGUUUUCUCCAUUUCUGUAUUAUAUAAAUAAAAGUUUGCCUAUUAAAAUCUGAUUUUCCCAGAGACAAGUAUUAUAUAAUGUAUCUAUAUUUAGAUCCAACUGUGGUAAUAUAUUUAUCAGAAAAUGAUGCUGGGGACUGUCACCUGAACAUGUGGACUUGAAGGGACACAGACAAGGAGAGCAGAGAUCGAUCCCAUUGUGUAUCAGUUAUUCUCUGAUAAUGAUGAAUUCUUGUACAAAAAAAAUGACUGAAAAAAGGAAAAUCAAAAAUACAGUUUUUAUUUUGAAAUACA